AUUGACGCGUCGUCGGAGCGCGGAUGUUCUCCAACUAUCUAAAGCAUCGUUUAGCGAUACGUUACUUCCUUGCCAUCGAACCCGAUUUUCUAGCUUUUGUUUGGUUAUUCUGCCCAGCGCGCACUCCGUAAAUCCACAGCGCAUCUCAAUAGUAUAUCGAUGGCAACGAAACCUCGAAAUUCGUCGUCACGUCGACAAUUCAAAGAGCCCACCGGGGUUCCAAGAGACGACUCUGACGACGAACUCGGCACUGAUGAUAUCCCUUGGGAAUGGAUGUAUGAGGAGCCAGCUAACUCCCAUCCCGAGGAUAUUGCCUCCAGUCACAAGCACAAAGUCAGAGAUGCACCAAGUGCAGGUCGUAAAAUCAUCGGAGCCCAGCUGGAAGGAUUUCGAUGCCUCGUCGGAGAGUGUGUAUUGCUGAAGGCUGAAGGGUUAAAAGAGGCCUGGGUAGCAAUUAUCUGCAGUUUUUUAGAGCGUGAAGAUGGGGAAAAAGCAGCCGAGUUCAUGUGGUUUUCCACGGACAAAGAAAUCAUCACGAAGAAGAAGAAGCGAAACGACUUCCUCCCGCAUGAGCUCUACAUAACACCUUCAUGGGAUAUCAAUCCUCUUACCGCUAUUAAUGGAAAGGCGACGGUCCUAUCAUUCGAUAUGUUCCAACGACGGUAUCCAUCAGGGAGAGCACCACGAAACUCCAAGGUCUUCAUGUGUCGCCGCGGGUGUAACACAAGAACAGCCAUCUUCACUGAAGAGUUUUGCUGGGAAGAUAUAUUUCGUGGUACGGAGGACGAUAUUCACGGCUUGGUGCAAUACCUCCAAGCAAACACCAAAUCGACAAGAAGGCAACCUUCAGGACGCGACGAGUCUCUCAAAGAAUAUGCCGUAGGCGUCGAUGAUUCCUCCGGUUCAGAACAAGAACGAGCGCAGAAGAAGCGCAGGAAAGACCCGCCAACGCCUCACUCCAAAAAGACUGCAGCAACAACGCCAACUUCGAGCAGAAGGUUCAAGGUGAAGAGGACAUUGCAGUUCACCCCUCUGGCAACACGCAGGCUGUCUCCUACCCAACUACAGUCAUCGCCAUUCCAACUAGCCCGAUCUCGACUGCAUGUCGCAUCAGUACCAACCAGCUUACCAUGCCGGGAGAAUGAGUUCUCAUCCGUUUACUCCCAUCUCGAGGCUGCGAUUAUUGAUGGCUCUGGCAGUUGUAUCUAUAUAGCAGGUACCCCGGGCACUGGGAAAACUGCUACUGUCCGUGAGGUUAUAGGACGGUUGGAGAGCUGUGUCAGGUCCGAUGAGCUCGAUGACUUCAUCUUUGUCGAGAUCAACGGCAUGAAGAUUACCGACCCCCACCAGUCUUAUAGUCUACUGUGGGAAGCUCUCAAAAGCGAACGUGUCAGUCCAGUUCAAGCACUAGAUUUGCUUGAACGCCUUACAAGGAUCACAUUUCCGGGGUAUAAUCACGAACAAUUGAUGAAGAUCAUUCAGUCAAGACUCGAAGGUAUCCCAGGCGACCUCGUAGAGCCGGAUGCAGUCCAAUUCGCGAGCCGCAAAGUCGCCGCCGUCAGCGGCGACGCUCGGAGAGCUCUCGAUAUAUGCCGACGUGCAGUAGAACUUGCCGAAGCCGAGGCCCAACCUGUGCCCACAACUCCAAGCCACGGAUCAUAUCAACAAGGAAACGAAGAUAUCAAGACGACACAGCGUGGGGGCAGAGUUACCAUUGCCACUAUCAGGAGAGCCAUCAAUGAAGCCACGACUAACCCCAUUCAGCAGUAUCUCCGUUCUCUCGCUCUCGGACCACGACUGUUGCUCUUUGCUUUGGUGGCACGAACGCAGAAAAGCGGAACAAGCGAUGCCAUAUUUGGCGAUAUUAUGGACGAGGUACAACGUGUAUUGAAUAUGGCGUCUGGAAGCUUACUGCCAGCGACGCUCGACGCAUUGCAAGCGUCGAUGCAAAUGGGAUCUGGCGGCGUCCGUCCCAACCGCUACACGGUAGUGACUGAACAAAUGUGCUUGCAGACUGGCGCGACGGACCUCGCAGGGGCUGGAAUUAUUAUACUAGAAUCGCAAAGGGCAGAACGUCCGUGCAAGUUGCGACUUGCAGUGGGAGACGAGGAGAUCAAGAUGGCUUUCAGAGACGAUGCAGAACUAAGGGCCAUGGGCGUUGGUUUAUGAGUCGAACUCAAGACAUUAUGUUAUUGAACGCAAGAUGAAUUCUUGGCGA